CCACGGCCUGUAGUUGAGAAUUUUUUAAAAGAAUUGGAGAUGGAUAGUAUGGGAGCUGAUAUAGGUUGUGGAAAUGCUGUCAUUCAUCAUUCAACAACUUCAGAAAGUCGUGUUAAAGCAAUCAAGAUAUUAAUAUAUGUAUGGGCAUUGGAACAACAAUCAACACCAAAGAAAAAUGCUAAUGGUGCUGAAGCUAGUAGUGAUGGUGGAGAACCAAGAAGAAUUUUUGAUCAAAAUUAUCAAUAUGUUUUUGUACCAUGGGUGAUUCUAAAAGAUAAAAAUUAUAAAGAUAUAAAACAGAAUGUGGUUUUUAAAAGGUAUUCAAACAAUACUCUUUAA